GAAGUGACGUCACGUCCCUUGAACCACGCUACCUCUUUCCUGAAGGCAGUGCGUGAAUGUGGCUUUGCACUCGAGUGCUAUACCUGUAAAAUUGCAAAGGUGGAGUAGAAAUCAUUCCCAAGUGAUCAGACACACAACAGAAGAUUUUUCCUGGACAUAGGUUGACGGUGGCCUUCAGCAAUGUCACGUUUCUUUGCCACCGGGUCCGACAGCGAGUCUGAAUCCUCCUCGUCGGCGGACGAGAUCACCCCUAAAGCGCCCGGAACAACUUUCACCAAGCAGUCAUUGCUACUUAGUGACGAUGAGGAGGACACCAAGAGAGUGGUGCGCAGUGCCAAGGACAAGAGGUUUGAGGAGCUGACGAACCUGAUCAAGACGAUCCGCAACGCCAUGAAGAUCCGAGACAUGUCCAAGUGUCUGGAGGAGUUUGAGCAGCUAUGUCGAGCGUUCCUCAAAAGCAAGACUAUAGUGGACAAGGAAGGGGUGCCCCCCUUCUACAUCCGUCUUCUGGCUGACCUGGAAGACUAUUUGAAUCAGCUUUGGGAGGACAAAGAAGGCAAGAAGAAGAUGAACAAGAACAACGCCAAAGCCCUCAGCACCCUGCGGCAGAAGAUCCGCAAGUACAACAGGGAUUACGAGACGGAAAUCACCAGCUAUAAGGAGAACCCAAUGGCGUCAGCGGAUGAGGAGGAGGAGGAGGAGGAGAAAUAUGAGGCUGACUCAGGGUCGUCGUCAGAUAGCGACGAAGUGCCGGGAGUUGCCAAGAGCUUCCUGAAGAAGAAACCGGCUGCCGAGGUGGCAGCGCCUCCGCCGGACCCCAGCAAGUUCCUGAAGGCAGCGGCGGACAAGGAGGCUUCCAGCAGCAGUGAUGAGGAUGACGAGGACUGGGACUCGGACACCGCGGAAAGUGGCAGUGGUAGUGAGGACGAAGAGGGCAAGAAUGCCUCCAUGGCCCAAAUCUUCCUGAAGAAGCCCGGUAGUGAGGCAGAGCGACACACCAGCGAGAAGAAAAAGGAGGAUAGGAAGAAGAGACACCGGCGGAAGGAGCGCCUGGAGGAAGAGGCAGAGGAAGAGGCCCAAGAGGAGGGUGAAGGCGAAUGGGAGAAGGUGAAGGGAGGCGUGCCCCUUGUCAAGGAGAAGCUUCAGAUGUUUGCCAAGGGAACAGAGAUCAACACAACAGUUGUGGUGAAGAAACUCAAUGAGAUCCUGCAGGCCCGUGGAAAGAAGGGAACAGACAGAGCGGCCCAGAUUGAACUCCUCCACGCUCUGGCCAACAUCUCCAACGAGAACAACCUGGGCGAGGGCAUCCUGGUCAAGAUCAAGUUCAACAUCAUCGCCUCCCUGUACGACUACAACCCCAACCUGGCCGCCUUCAUGAAGGCGGACAUGUGGAAGACGUGUCUGGACUGCAUUGACGAGCUGCUGGACAUCCUCUUCAACAACAACAACAUAUUUAUCGGCGAGAACAUUGCAGAGGACAGUGAGAACCUGGCCAUAGCCGACGCUCAGCCAUUCAGGGUGCGCGGCUGCAUUCUGACCUUGGUGGAGAGGAUGGAUGAGGAAUUCACCAAGAUCAUGCAGAACACUGACCCCCACUCUCAAGAGUAUGUGGACAACCUGAAGGAUGAGGGGCGUGUAUGCGGCAUCAUCGACCGCCUGCUGGGCUACCUGGAGACCAAGGGCAGCACGGAGGAGGUGUGCCGCGUCUACCUACGCCGCAUCAUGCACACCUACUAUAAGUUUGACUACAAGGCUCACCGCCGCGCACUGGGCCUCCAGGGAGAGACCAAGUCUGAGCAGGAUGCGGAGGAGAGCGAGGGUGAGGACAGCGCCUUCAUCAUGGACCGCCUGUGCAAGUUCAUCUACGCCAAGGACCGCACGGACCGCAUCCGCACGUGCGCCAUCCUGUGCCACAUUUACCACCACGCGCUGCACUCGCGUUGGUACCAGGCCCGUGACCUGAUGCUCAUGAGCCACCUGCAGGAUAAUAUUCAGCACGCCGACCCACCCGUACAGAUCCUGUACAACAGGACCAUGGUGCAGCUGGGGAUCUGUGCCUUCCGCCAGGGCAUGAUCAAGGACGCCCACAAUGCCCUGCUGGACAUCCAGUCGAGUGGCCGCGCCAAGGAACUGCUGGGCCAGGGCCUGCUCAUGAGGAACAUGCAGGAGAGGAAUGCAGAACAGGAGAAGAUCGAGAAGAGGCGACAGGUGCCCUUCCACAUGCACAUUAACCUGGAGCUGCUGGAGUGCGUGUACCUGGUGUCUGCCAUGCUGCUGGAGAUCCCCUACAUGGCGGCCCACGAGUUUGACGCCCGCCGCAGGAUGAUCAGCAAGCAGUUUCACCACCAGCUGAGGGUGGGCGAGAGGCAGCCCCUUCUCGGACCCCCAGAGAGCAUGCGCGAGCACGUGGUGGCGGCCAGCAAGUCCAUGAAGAUGGGCGACUGGCGCACCUGCCACUCGUUCAUCAUCAACGAGAAGAUGAACAGCAAGGUGUGGGAUCUGUUCCCCGAGACACAGUGUGUACGAGAGAUGCUCGUCCGGAAGAUCCAGGAGGAGUCUCUGAGGACCUACCUGUUCACCUACAGCAGCGUUUAUGACUCCAUCAGUAUGGAGACGCUGAAUGAGAUGUUUGAGCUGGAGCUGCCCACAGUGCACAGCAUCAUCAGCAAGAUGAUCAUCAACGAGGAGCUCAUGGCGUCCCUGGACCAGCCCACCCAGACUGUGGUGAUGCACCGCACAGAGCCCACCUCCCUGCAGAACAUGGCCCUGCAGCUGGCCGAGAAGCUGGGCGGCCUGGUGGAGAACAAUGAGCGCAUCUUUGACCUCAAGCAGGGCGUGUAUGGUGGCUACUUCAACAGAGAUCAGAAAGGUGGCUACCAGCAGAAGCAGGGUGGUUACAACAGAGACCAGAGAGGCAGUUACCAACAGAAGCAAGGCGGUUACAACCGAGAUGGUCAGAGAGGCGGCUACCAACAGAAGCAGGGAGGUUACAACAGAGAUGGCGGCGGUUACCAACAGAGGGGCGGUUACAACCGAGAUGGAGGCGGUUACCAACAGAGGGGCGGUUACAACCGAGACGGAAACAGAGGAGGUGGUGGUGGCUACCAGGGCCAGAACAGGGGAGGCUACCAGGGAGGCGGGGGCUACCAGGGAGGCGGGGGCUACCAGGGAGGCGGGGGCUACCAGGGAGGCGGGGGCUACCAGGGAGGCGGGGGUUACCAGGGAGGCGGGGGCUACCAGGGAGGCUACAGGGGGGGCUACAAAGGGGGCUACCAGAACCAGGAUAGGAGAGACUACUGAGCCAAAGGAACCUGGUGUAACAGAGCCAGCCAGUCUUCAUUCCAAACAUCAUCUUGGGUUACAUCACUUGACAUUGCUCCUCUACUACACUAUUCUCCCUUUGUACCACAUUAAUCCGCUUUCCCUGCUUGAAAACUGUCAGCUUCCGUAUGUAUGAAUACUUUGUAGUGUAAUAUCACUAUUGACUACUCUUUUUGUCGAGUGUGACUGCUUUUUCGACUAAUUGAGUUUUUAAUAAUUGUGUAUUGACAAGAUUACUGCAUUUGCAGUGUGACAGGUUUUCUUUUGGCAGUGUAGUCGGGGCAGAUGUGUCAAGUGACGUUUUUGUCAGUGGUAACCAGCGAAAUAAACAUUAUUGAAUGAA